CUUGGUAUACUGGGCAUGGUACAAGAAGAGUUUGGAGACCACGCCAAGGACCUACACACAUAUACCUCGAUCGCAAACCUAUACACUCGGCUCAGUACCUUGAUGUUCGAAGCCUCAGGACUUACAAAGCUACACUGGUGGUUUUAUCUGAGCAUAGCCUUCAACCAGAAAAGGAUCGGCAGGUUACCAUCAUGGGUACCAGACCUACAUAACAACGACGCAAAAUCCAAACGCCAGCCUUACGAAUCGAUGAUAGCCGUUCGGGGUGACCCCCCUUGGCAAGCCAGCUCCAGACCUUGCGGAGCUUCCCAUGGGCCGCAGCCAGGUGAAACCAUACUGCGAGGCAAGCUACUUGAUAAGUUCAUGCUCAUGCACCCCGAAGUCUCUCACUUCCCUGACGAUCCGGCGCCUAGUGAUGGUACUGGUAUGAUAUGGAUGGCCGCCCUCGUUGAUCUUAUCCGAUGGGAAAGCGAGGUCUCAGACGCGGUAUUACAAGGUAAAGCCCGCGGAUUCAUACGAGCUGCUAGCGACGAAAGUGAAAAGCACAGCACAUCUGAGGAUACAUACUGGCGGGCCCUUGUGGCAGGGGUUUUGCGUCGACAUCACAUCCGGUAUGAAAUUCACGCGUGAGAAAUGGCUUCAAUUCCGGGAAGCGGACCAAUGCUUCCGCAGGCAUGUUCCAAGACUCGAGGAACUCAAAAACAAAACCAGCACAGACCCUAGAACCUCCCCGACUGGGCCGGGUCCGAAGAAGAGGCAGCCAUCAUGGACUGCUUCCGCAACCCAGGGCACCCUGUGGCUAGGCCCAUGACUGGUCUUUGCUUCACGCGUGAUCAUCAACUGAUCAAUACGAAGGAUGGAAGGUUUGGGUUCAUAUGCACGGGAGCGCAGACAGGUGACGUGUGCGUCUUUAACGAUUAUGUUUCUCCAUUUGUGCUCAGUGGAGCAGAAGAUAGGGGUGGAGAGGCGAGGUACAUGCUCGUUGGCGAU